AUGCUAAUAAUUUUGAUCACCACUGUGUUUCCACUAGUUUCUGCCAAAUGGCAUUUUAAUACUUCUGAAACAUCUUCAAGUGCAAAUGCAGUUGCCCUUUUAACCUGGAAGGCCAGCCUUGAGAGUGAAAGCGAGUUACUUCUUUCUUCUUGGAAGAAUACUAGCACAAGUCCUUGUCACUGGGACUACAUUCGUUGCGACAACCUUGGACGAGUAACUGACAUGAAUAUCUCAUAUUAUCGCAUAAAGGGUACCCUUCACCAUCUAGAUUUCUCAUCAUUCUCCUAUCUCCUCAAAAUAGACUUCUUCGAUAACUCACUCUAUGGUACUCUUCCCGCCAACAUAUUCAAUCUUUCAAGGCUGAGUUACCUUGAUUUGGGCUCCAAUGAUUUUUCUGGAACGGUUCCACCUGAAAUUGGGAACUUGAGCAGCUUGAGUAUUUUAUACCUUGAUGACAACAAAUUCUCUGGGCAUAUUCCACAAGAAAUAGGAACGUUGAAUUCCCUUAAAGGUCUUGUUCUAUCACAAAACACAUUUAUAGGCUCUAUUCCCACUUCUUUUGGUAACUUGACCAACUUAGAGUCCCUGUAUCUUCAUACCAACUCAAUUUCAGGAUCCAUACCUAAGGAAAUAGGGAUGUUGAGUUCCCUAAAACUUCUCGAUCUGUCAGGCAACACAUUUAUUGGCUCUAUUCCCACUUCUUUUGGUAACUUGACCAACUUAGAGUCCCUGUCUCUUCAUAACAACUCAUUUUCAGGAUCCAUACCUCAGGAAAUUUCAUCUCUGACACGUUUGAUGGAAGUUGAAUUAGCAGAGAACAGUCUUAUGGGUGAAAUACCCACAUCAAUUGGAGACUCAGGCAACCUGCACUUGUUAACCUUAAAUUAUAACAGGCUUUCAGGACCCAUUCCUUCAUCCAUUGGAAACUCGACUAAGCUCAAGAGAUUAUAUUUAUAUGAAAAUGGACUCUAUGGUCCCAUUCCUCCAAGCUUUGGGAACUUAAAAUCCCUUGUUGAUAUGAGAUUAUUUAGCAAUAAACUCACAGGGUCCCUUCCAGUAGAGUUGGAAAACAUUACAAACUGGGAGAUGUUUCAUUUAGCCGAUAACAAUUUCACUGGUCAUUUGCCUCAUAAUGUUUGUCUUGGUGGGUUCCUGAUAGAAAUAUCAGUUCAAAAUAAUCGUUUCAUUGGUGGCAUCCCGAGAAGCUUGAAAAACUGCCCCAAGUUAUCCAGGGUCAGACUUAACAACAAUAAACUAUCUGGAAAAAUAUCAGAAGUUUUCGGUGUGUAUUCGUAUCUAGAUUACAUUGAUUUAAGUCACAAUGAGCUUUCUGGAGAGCUGUCAUCAAAAUGGGGCCUUUGUGGUAAAACGACCUGUUUGAAGAUGUCUAAUAACAAUUUAUCUGGAUCAAUUCCAUUUGAGAUUGGAAACGCAUCUCAUAUACAGGUGCUUGAUCUCUCCUCUAAUCAUUUCAGUGGGAAGGUCCCUAGAAGCUUGGAUAGCCUAAAGCUGCUAUUUGAGCUUGAUUUGUCUGGUAACAAACUUUCAGGUGAUAUUCCAUCAGAAAUUGGGAUGCUUUCUACACUCGCAAAACUUAACUUGGCAGCAAAUCAUUUGAGUGGCGUAAUUCCACAACAGAUUGGAAAUCUUUGUGCAGUUGUUUAG